AUGAUGCUGCUGCAACAGUUGACCAUCAUGAUAGUGCCAAUAAGCAUGACAUGGCAGGGCAUUACGAUGCUUUUCAUAGAAGUGUGUGCCCUCGCACUCAUAUACAGCACUUUCUACAAUGUGUACCUCCACCCUCUCCGAAAGUAUCCUGGCCCGUGGUGGCUCGCGGCUAGCCGCCUGCCGUAUAGCCUCUUCAUCCUCCGGGGCACGGCGACCACCAAGACGAGAGAAUUGCAUGAUAAAUAUGGUCAUGUUGUUCGCGUCAGCCCUGAUACCCUGUCCUAUACUUGCAAGCAGGUGUGGUCCGAUGUAUAUGGAGGCGACAAGACUGGAUAUAAAGGGGAGAUCCCCAAGGAUCCGAUUUACUAUAUGAGACAGGGCCCAGUAUCAGAUAUUGUAAGUGGUAGAUCAGCAUCGCUUCCUCGGUUUGAUACCAUCCUCAUAGAAUACCUAUGGCAGUCAAGUGCUAGCAGCGCCGAUCACAGCCGGUUGAGGCGUAUGCUAGCACCUCUUUUCUCACAAAGAGCCGUUACGCUACAAGAAAACUAUCUAAGGCCACAUAUUGCCUUGUUUAUCGCACGCCUUGCCCGACCGAACCAGGAGCAGGAGGGUCGCCGAUCGGGGGUUGUUAACCUGACUCACUGGCUUAAUCUUCUUACUACCGAUGUCAUAUGUGAACUUACUUUUGGCGAAACAUUCGGCGGUUUAGACAAUGGCAAACUCCAUCCAUGGCUGGAUAGUGUGUUCUGGAUCUUCAAAAUCUCCUCGUUCAUCCGAGAAGUGAACCAUUGGCCCACAUUCGCACGAAAAGCUCUCAUCUGCUGCGUCCCUCGCAGAAUCCUCCAGGGUCAGCACGCAGUCAUAUCGUUUUGCGAAGACGCUACAGCUCGGCGAAUGCAGCAGGAUCCUGGGAGACCUGAUUUUAUGUCUCAUAUACUGGAGAAGACAGGCGGCAAGAGGAUGACGAAGACAGAGGCGGAAUUAGCCGCACUUACGCUCAUCAUCGCCGGAAGCGAAACUGUCGCGACAAUGCUUUCUGGCACAGUGUAUCUCCUUUGCACCAACCCUCGCGUGUUACGAGACCUUACUGAGAGGAUCCGCGCCGAUUUCAGGCAAGAGUCGGACUUAAACUUGGUUAACCUGCAACGCCAUCAGUUUCUGAACGCCACAAUUCUGGAGUGCCUGCGCCUCUACCCCCCAGCCCCAGACAGUCUUUUCCGGAGGACUAUAGCAUCUGAGACCAUUAUCAUGGGAAAAUCCGUUCCACCUCAGACAUGUGUGACUAUGAAUCUAUGGGCUGCCAAUCGCUCGGCCUUCAACUUCCACCGCCCAAACGAAAUGGUUCCAGAAAGAUGGACAAAGCCAUGUCCAAAAGAGUUCCAGGACGACGACAGAGAUGUCAUGAGGCCAUUCAGUGUAGGCCAAAGGGAUUGCUUGGGGAAGAAUCAUUCUAGUCUACUGGAGUACAAGUCCGGGGGUUUGCUGCCCGCAUCGCUUCUGACCGAGUCUGCUCAUAUUGCAAGACAGUAUGUCAGAGAUUAUGGCAGAAAGCGACAGCAGCACCAGCACCAGCAACAACAAGAAGAAUCAGAACCGUGUGAACUGGGCUCGUCGAACAUUGAACCUACCUUGGUUGCAGAGGUUCCCGAGGAGUUGGGUCAAGCGGACAGCCCCAGCAAUAAUAGUGAUGUCAGAUUGGAACAUGAAACCAUGGAGGCGUGA